AUUUAAUCUUCUCACUGAUCUUCUCGUCGCGCUUGUUUCCUAACUCUUCUGCGUUUCAGAGCUGAGAUCAAGUCCGUAGCUCAACAAUGACGUUUAAGAGAAGGAACGGCGGUCGCAACAAGCACGGCCGUGGACACACCAAAUUCAUCCGAUGCUCCAACUGCGGCAAAUGCUGCCCUAAGGAUAAGGCCAUCAAGAGAUUCAAUGUGAGGAACAUAGUCGAGCAAGCUGCAGUUAGGGAUCUUCAAGAAGCUUGUGCCUAUGAUGGGUACACCCUUCCUAAGCUGUACGUGAAGGUGCAAUACUGCGUCUCGUGCGCCAUUCACUCCAAGGUAGUGAGGGUUCGAUCCGUUACUGACAGGAGAAACAGAGAGCCCCCACAGCGCUUCAGGCGCCCAAGGGAUGACAUGCCUAAGCCUGGCCAAGGUCAAGCUCCACGGCCAGGUGGCCCCCCUCAAGCUGCUCGCCCUUGAUUCACUUCGUUUGGAGUUUUGUUACUAGGCCACUUGGUCCCCGCGUUUUCUGUUUUUGACGAUCACCGUUGUUAUAUUUAGUUGCCAGGCACAAUUCAUGUCACCCAAUUUUAUCUGCAAACAGUUAUUAACUCCAGUUGUUCUUUAUUUUAAAGUACAAUAUCAUAUUUUUUUGUGAAA